AUGGUGGAGCCCGGAGAAAAACUGCCAGAGGAAGUGUUGGCGCUCAUCUUCCGCGAUCUGCCUCUUAGAGACCGGGCUGCAACCGCCAGAGUCUGCAAGGCCUGGGCUGCGGCCACCACCAGCAGUGAUGUGUGGCGUGACACCAACAUCAGUUGUGACCGUGAGCUGGAAGACUUGUUGCCACCGUAUUUGUAUGCCUGCCUGGACCACAUUCACAACCUACAGCUGGAAUAUGAGCCAUCAAAGAAGCCCAGCCGCCGAGCAGCCACCGAGCUACUGAGGGCUCUUGCCGACCGAGCCCCAGGACUUCGAGGCCUACGCUUAGAAUGCCGCGGAGAGAAGCCGCUUUUUGACGCCGGCGGCGACAUCCUGAGUGCUGUGCACGCAGUCUGCGGAGCAGCUCACCAACUGCGCCACCUCCACCUGCGCCGCUUGCCCUACACACUAGACGACACGCUGGUGCUUCAGGCUGCACGUGACUGUCCCGAGCUCCGUAGCCUUUUCCUGGACAACCAUGCACUAGUGAACAACGUGCAGCCCAGCUCUGUGCUCAAGCUUUUGGAGGCUUGCCCGCACCUGCGCACCCUUGGACUGCACCUGGCCAGUCUGUCGCCUAAGGCGCUGGAACUGCUGGCCGCGCCACAUCGCGCCCCUUUUGCACUCCUGGCUUUGAGGUGCGCGUGCCCCGAAGAUGGUCGUGCGCCCCUCCUGCCUGAUGAAGCCUGGGCGACACUGCGUUGCCGCCACCCUGGGCUGGAGGUGGAGCUGGAGCUGGAGCCUGCGCUUUCAGACGAGGCCGUAACGCGCGUCCUGCAACCAGCCGUACCAGUGGCUGUGCUGCGUCUCAACCUCUCGGGUGACACGGUAGGACCCGUGCGCUUCGCAGCGUGCCACUACGCCGAAACUCUGCGCACCCUCGAGGUGCGCGCAUCCGCUUCCACCGAGCUGCACACCGCUCUGGAGGAGGUGGCGGCGCGCUGCGCGGGCUUGAGGGAGAUACACUGCUUCUGCGUGGUGAGACCCUCGGUACUGGACGCCUUCCGCGCGCACUGCCCGCGCCUGCGCAGCUACACCCUCAAACUAAAGCGUGAGCCGCAUCCCUGGCGGCCCACGCUGGUGCGGUGAUUGGGCAAUCUCACCACUUCUGGACUGCCCGGACCCCAAGCCACUGAAAGGACUGAGCAAGUCGCGCAGGCAUUCCCCAGAGGCUAGCCCCAUCCUUGGGGAGCCCCUUGACUAUGGUGCUUCUUGGGGCUUGGGGCCUAUGAAGGCAUCCAGGCCAGUCCCAGGCUCCAUAGAUUCAUGCGGCCUUCUUAACCUCUGUGUCUCUCCCCAUUCUAGGCUUUCCCUCCCUGUCCACUCUGCGCUAGCUCCGAGGCCCAGAACUGGGGGAGGGCAGGCACAAACACAAGCCAAAAGUCAAGGGCUUCACUACGUCCACAGAUGAACUU